AUGGGUAAGCUGUGUCCACUUUUGGGUCCAAAAAUGUCGGCUUUCUGGUGAGUUGUUUUAUUCCUCGACUUGUUUUUCAAGGAAGAAAGAAAUAUUCAUUUUCAGCAUGGUUAUGUCAGUUUGGGGAGUUAUUUUCCUAGGAAUUCUUGGAGUGUUUUUCUAUAUCCAAGUGAGUUUUGAGAGAUUUCCCUACUGAUAAAUUGUAAUAAAUAUGAAUUUUUGCAGGCCGUCACAUUGUUCCCAGAUCUUCAUUUCAGCGAAAGUCAUGAACAUAUUCCAUCAGCAGCGUGAGUUUUUUUUUUGAUUUUGAAAAGAAUAAGAGUUUCUAGUGGUUUUGAAUGAAUUCAAAAAAUUCUACAUAAGUUAUGUCAACUCUGAACAUGAGUUAUGACGGGGAAAUUCACAUUUCGAAAAAUCAAGAUUUUACCGAGUGUUUCAAAGUGCAAAAUUUAUUGUGGAAGAUAUUGCGAGAAUUCUUUUAUUUCUGAGAGUUGUAAUUCUCCAAUUUUCUAUAAUAGUAUCAUUUUUUGCUCUUCAAAUCCCGGUAAUUUCACAGUUUCUCGAAAUGUUCAAAACUUGCCACGUCAUAACUCAUAACAUUUUCCAAAAAAUUUUUUUAUUAUAAAAAAAUUUCUUGAAAAUCUGAAAUCUUGACUUAAUUUAUAGUUUGUUUUAAAGCUAUAGAAUUUCGGUAAAAAAUCGAGCAUUUAAAAUGAUAAUUUCUGAAGCUUAGAAGUUCCUUUAAAAAAUAAUAGCCUAAACAUUCUGAAAGUAACUUGAAGCUUUUCAAUAUUUACCACAUCACAACACAUUCUCAUCCUGAAAAUCAUCCAAAAUCUUCAAUUUUUCAGUGAAAUCGAAGACAAAUAUCACGAAAAAGCGAAUCAAUGCUGGAUCGCCGCUGGUUUGUAUCUCGUCACAUUAAUCGGAGUUUUCUGGCAAAACAAAUACAACACCACUCAAAUUCUCUAA